UUGUAAUGUUUUAAUUAGGUAUAGUAAGUAGUAACUAAGACUAAGUAGUAAUGUUCGAAAACUGAAAAUAAAAGACCAAAAUAGCUCAAAGCAGACAUGAGCUAUAAUAUUACAGAACAUUCAGCCUAUUUAAAUAAAAUGUUGCCGAUUUGAAACAAAGUAGUAGAGAAAUGUUAAAUUAACAAGUAUAUCAUGCUCAGAUAAUUGCUUUUUGAUUAUAACUUGAUUCAGAUUGCAAUACUAAUACGUUAUCACCUAACAAUUAGAUUGGUUUUGCAAGUUGUAAUUAAAAUGGAGAAGAUAGUUCAUUUGGACUUUAAAGGCGCACCUUUGAAAGUCUCUUAUUUAGAGAAGCUGUUUCACAGUAUCAAAGAAUGGGGUGGAACAGGGUUACUUAUAGAGUGGGAGGAUACAUUUCCUUUUACAGCAGAUUUGGAGUGCGUUGGCAGUUUAAAUAAUUCUGGGGGAGAUGGAAUGUACUCUCAUGAAGAAGUGAAAGAUAUAAUGCUUUGUGCAAAGGCAAAUGGAUUAGAAGUUAUUCAACUAAUUCAAACCAUAGCUCACAUGGAAUAUGUGCUAAAGCAUCCAAAGUAUUGUCAUCUAAAAGAAUCAUUGCCAUCACCAGCUGUUUUAUGCCCAACAAAACCUGAUUCUUUACAACUGGUUUGUAACAUGAUUGACAAUAUAUUAAAUGCACAGCCGGAAGCUAAGUAUAUCCAUAUUGGUGCUGAUGAGGUUUGGCACACAGCAGUCUGUCAUUCGUGUCAACAAAAAGCGGCAACACAUAAAUACAAAGUGGCGUCACUGUUUUUAGAUCAUAUACAAGCUGUGAUAUUGUAUGUGAAGCAACGCAGGCCCAAUAUCACAAUAUUAAUGUGGGAUGAUAUGCUGCGGCCUAUGACUGUUGAGACGUUACAAGCAUACAACUUGCGGGAUUUGGUUCAACCAGUUAUAUGGAACUAUAGUUCUGUAGAGCAUUUUCAAAUAGACCGGACUUUGUGGGAGAAAUAUGAUAACUUAUUUUCUAAUGUAUGGGUCGGCUCCGCGUUUAAAGGAGCCAAUGGGAGUAGUCAGAUGCUAUCACGAGUUGCGCGGUAUGUCAGUAAUCAAGAGGCAUGGCAAAGGGAGAUCAGUAAGAGACCAACUGGAAUUCAUUUCAAUGGAGUCAUACUAACUGGCUGGUCAAGAUACGACCAUUACGCGACAUUGUGUGAAUUGCUUCCGGUUGCUCUUCCCAGUUUGUUUAGCUGUCUUAGAAUUUGGACUCAACCUAUGGACACUAAUGCAUCAGAAACGGCCCGGGAAGUUUUGCCAGAGGAAGAAUGGCCUGGCAUAGAAGUAGCGAGAUGUAUUCACUCGUUCGUUAUGUUGAGAGAGCGAAGUUAUUCAUUACUGCACGGAGACUUAGUAGCGACGUGGCUAAAUCCCUGGCAAAUCAAAAUGUCAUAUACAAGCCCGGUACAAGUUGAAAGCGUGGCAAAUGCUUCGAAAACGAUUUUAACUGAUCUCAAAGGACUGUAUGCGGAAACGAAGAAACAAUUGGAACAAAUUACAGGAAAAAGGAGUACAGAGGAAUGGAUUGUAGCGUUUUUUGAUACCAUAUUGAAGAAUAUCGAGGAAUUGAACAGGGUUGCCAGCUUAAGGCGGCAAGUCGCUGCUAGUGUUGGGCCAUCUUAUUCAUAGUACAUUUUUUUAAUACAUGCAUAAAAUAAUGAGAUUUAGCGCGUAUUAUAACUUUUUAUCAUUUAUCGUACAGAUGACGCUGUUUUCAAAAUACGAUUGAAGUCUGUAGUUGGUAAAAUCGAUUUGUAAUGUAAAUGGACUGUGCCAAUGUAACUAAUUUAGAGGAUCGAUUAUAAGAAAAAAUAAUAGAUGAAUAUGAAAAAUCGGUUAUUUUUCUCAUCCCUACAUUAAGCUAGCGUAUUUUGCAACUUCCGAUAGUAAUCACUUAUAUAUUAAGCCAAAGUUUGACAUCAUCAUCUAUGGAGAUUAAAAAAAAUUAAUAACGUCCGGGUUAUCUUGGUGAAUACUGGAGGUAACCUUAACCUUGCCUAUGUAAUUAACUGUCUCCAAAGCGUCGUUUUAAAUAAUUAAGUUAUACAUACUUAUGUAAAUGCACAAUGUUAAAUUUGUUAUUGCGAUACUAAUGUAUUUUGUAAAUAUUAGGAAAAUAAAGAAUCUAGAAAUUA